UCACCAUUCGCACUGCAUUGUAGGAUUUGUAGUUCUCUAAGCCUCUCCCUGCGUGGUGAGUGAUGACGUCACACUGUUGUGUUUGUUGGUGCUGUGAGCGAACAUGGCGGAUACGGUGGGAUCAGGGCUGGAAGAGGGAAAGGAGAUGGGGACAGAGACCGAGGACAAGGAGAAAGAGAAACAAAAAACGAGACACACUAUCAGGACAGUGUCGGAGAAACUGAGCAGCACCCCAGAGAUCACUGAAACCCUGGGCUUUUAUGAGAGGAAGGUAAACCGGGAGAGGAAAAGAAGCCUGUCAGAUCUUUCGUUACUGAGGUUCAUAAGUGCUGAGCUGACAAGGGGAUACUUUCUGGAACACAAUGAGGCAAAGUACACAGAACGGAGAGAAAGAGUUUACACAUGUAUGCGGAUACCUAGAGAACUAGAGAAGUUAAUGCUUUUCGGAUUCUUUUUGUGCCUCGAUGCCUUUUUAUAUGUCUUCACUCUCCUUCCAUUGCGAGCCAUCCUGGCCCUGAUCAGGCUCAUCACCUUUCCAUGCUGUGGACUGAACGGCACUCGUCCGUUACAGCCUGCCCAGGUAUGUGAUGUCCUCAAGGGCUUUAUAAUGGUCAUCUGCUACUUCAUGAUGCACUAUGUAGAUUACUCCAUGAUGUACCAUCUAAUCAGAGGGCAGUCUGUCAUCAAGCUUUACAUCAUCUACAACAUGCUGGAGGUAGCAGACCGUCUAUUCUCAUCUUUUGGGCAGGAUAUUUUGGAUGCAUUGUACUGGACAGCAACCGAACCUCAAGAAAAAAAGCGAGCACACAUUGGACUGAUUCCUCAUUUCUUUAUGGCUGUGCUUUAUGUGUUCCUUCAUGCCAUUCUUAUAAUGGUCCAAGCAACAACUCUCAAUGUAGCCUUUAACUCCCACAACAAGUCAUUGCUCACCAUCAUGAUGUCAAAUAAUUUUGUGGAAAUAAAAGGGAGUGUUUUCAAGAAAUUUGAGAAGAACAAUCUGUUUCAGAUGUCAAAUAGUGAUAUCAAAGAGAGAUUUACAAAUUACGUACUACUGCUGAUAGUGUGUCUAAGGAAUAUGGAACAAUUGUCAUGGAACCCAGAUCACCUUUGGGUUUUGUUUCCAGAUGUCUGUAUGGUAAUUGCCUCUGAGAUUGUUGUGGAUGUAGUAAAACUCAUUACAAAGUUUAAUGACAUUACAGCUGAUGUAUACAGUGAAUACAGAGCCAGCCUUGCUUUUGACCUUGUUAGCAGUCGACAGAAAAAUGCAUACACGGAUUACAGUGAUUCGGUGUCCAGGAGAAUGGGUUUCAUUCCUCUUCCUCUAGCUGUGAUACUAACCAGAGUCAUCACAAGUUCAGUGAAAGUACAAGGAUCCUUGGCUCUCAUCUGUGCAGUACUCUUCUAUUUGGGGCUAAUAACACUCAAAGUUUUGAACAGCAUAGUCUUACUUGGAAAGUCCUGUUUGUAUGUUAAAGAGGCCAAGAUGGAGGAAAAGCUUAUUCAGACUCCACCAGCCACCACACCUGGGAAACCACCCAACAAGUCAGAGAACAAAUUCCGAGCUCCCCCAGGCAUUUCAACAGAUGACCGUCUGUCCGCCUCUAUCACCAGCCAGCCUGUUCACCAGUCAGAGAGCACAUCCCCUCUGCUCCCAAAAAGCAACUCUGACCAGUUCCUCAUGACGCCAGAUGCAGAAGAGAAGGACAUAACGCAAGCUGGGCUGGAGCUCAAACACAGAGCUUCAAAAAAGGAUCUGCUGGAUAUAGACAGGUUCACAAUAUGUGGAAACCGGAUCGACUGAUGCUUUCUGCUUCCCAUCAAAACUGCUCAGGAGUUUUUAGCAUGGCAAACAAUAUACUGCCAACAACGUCAAUUGCCAAAGACGACACUAGAGUAUUUAUUGAAAUACCAAUAGUUUGUUGUUGACUGAAAUAAACAUUAUUUGCUCCUUUCUUUCCCCCAAUAUGUCUGGAAACACUUGGUUGAAUUUAGAGUCUCGUGGGUUUGUAAAUGAUUUGAAGGAAAACAAAACAAAAACACUUGCUUGGUCUGGCUCAUCCAUGCGACUGAAUGAACUUCAGAAGGGAAUGACACUUUAGUCCAGUCAGCAAGAUAAAGGUGGUGUUUUGAAAAGGUGUAUCCAGUAAAAACAUGUACUGUUUUUCAAAAGGCCUUGUCUGAGAUACUGAAUUAAAAAAAAAAAAAAAAAAAAAAUCUUAUUCGGUUAAAAA